CCAGCUGUCAGUUGACGUCGAAACAUACGCCGAUACGGUCUCGCCCGGUCGGUGCUGUUGUGCAGGGCGAAUUUUUUGACAGCUGCCGUUUUGUUGGACACGGGCCAGUUAGUUUUUCCACCGUUUUGUGUAGCACGUGCGUAACACUCCCACCAACAAAACAAAACAUAAAGCCCAAUCUAAUGCGUAAGGCGAUUUUCGUGGAACACGUUAACGAACUGUGUGCGAUCCCGGUGAUGGAUUUCCAUUUCCACGUGCGUGUGCGAGCGGGUGAUGAAGACGCGAGCCAUAGGCGUUAGUGAAUGAGUGGGUUUUUGGCUAAUUUUCUAGACCAUUUUGAAGUGUUACCCCAAGUAGUGAGUGAAGUGAAGUGUUGCCUGUGUGAACCAACAAAAAAAGCUCUGGGGCACUAACAUUUUGCCCCCCCGAAAAUCCCCCUCGAUGGUGGGUGGUGCGUCCUAUUAAGCAAGUUUUACGACCAGCUUUCGGGUCGGGCUCAACAAAACGGAAAGUCACAACAAAUGCUUACAUUUACAUUAGCGAGCUAGAGGGCGACCAGCGAAGGCGCACAGCAAAUCAGUGGGCAAAAAUAACAAAUCACGGCCCCCAUUAAAGUGACGUGACACGUGGUUCGUGGCGGUGUGUGUUGCGUGUGCCGGGUAAACAAAACUGCGUAGCAUAAAUAAUCGAUUCCCAUCGCAAGGUGAACGGCAACAGCAGCAGCAGCAGCAGCAGCAGUAUGGAGAUUUACAACCGCCGGCGGCUGGGAGCUGGAGCUUCCGGCGCCGCCGUGUGUGAAUCCGACGCCGAAGAACUUCCGACCGCUCAAGAUGGUGGAUGGUGUGAGGUUCGGUGCAGAAUCGUCGGUAGCGGUGUCCAGGAGGACCAGGAGGAGCACCAACACGGCACGCUUAGCACUACGCCUUCCUCGCCAACGCCGGCCUGCACAGACAGUGUUGCGAACCGGUGGAAAAUUCGCGGAAGGAUCUACCAUCGGUCCCACCUGCACCUGUUGCUAGUCGCGGCCGUGCUGCUGACACACAUGUUUGUAAAUAUUAGAAUAGGAGAAGCAGCUAGUCAAAUACUCAACAAAGCGGAACCACUAUUCAUCUCCAGAUCGGAAGCAUUCAAGUUCGCUGUGGGCGAUACGAUUACACUACCCUGCGAAGUAGCCUCUCCAGGUACGUACGUGCUGGCCUGGAAGCGGGGCAUCGCGAUCCUGACCGCUGGUUCGGUCAAAGUCACUCCGGAUCCGCGCGUCCGGCUCGUCAACGGCUACUCGCUGCAGAUUCGUGACGCAGUACCGCAGGACGCAGGAGACUACAUCUGUCAGAUAGCGAUGCUUGAUCCGCGCGAAAUUACGCAUCACGUGGAAAUUCUCGUUCCACCGAAAAUUACGCACGUCACAUCCGGCGGUCAUCUGCAGGUCCGGAAGGGUUCCCCGGUACGGCUCGAAUGCUCCGCCACCGGUAACCCGAUGCCCAACAUUACCUGGACGCGGAAAAACAAUCUGCUACCGAACGGCGAGGAACAGUUCACCAGUCCCGUGUACGUCAUCGAAAACAUGGACCGGCAUAAGGGUGGAACGUACAUCUGUACCGCAAACAACGGUGUCGGGCAGGUGGCCACGAGUCAAAUCAUUCUUCAUGUGCUGUAUCCACCUGAGAUAAGCGUCGAGAAUCCGAUCGUGUACUCGGGCGAGGGCCAGGAGGCGAUGCUCGUGUGUAUCGUGCACGGUGAAUCUCAGCCGGAAAAGGUACUGUGGCACAAGGACACGAUGCAGAUCGACCAGACGGAGCGGCACGUGAUCGAGAACCGGGGCGCCCGCCACACGCUCAUCAUCCGGAAGGUGCACCCGCAGGACUUUGGCAACUACUCGUGCAUCGCGGACAACCAGCUCGGCAAGACGCGCAAAACGGUCACGCUGACGGGCAAACCGAAGGUGGCCGUCUUCCGGUCCGUGCCAAACAGCCAGUGGAAGGACAAGUACAACAUUUCCUGGAUCGUCGAUUCACAUUCGCCGAUCGAGGAGUUCAAGCUGUACUACCGGCAGGUGGACGGUGAAACGCUGCAAACGCAGGACGGCAUCUUUCUCGACAGCCGGAAAAUGCACCACAGCUACGCGGGUGAUAAUAUGCUAGACUACAACCGGAAAAUCAACUCGUACGAUAGCUACUCGUACAACAAUGGCUACCACAAUCUGCACCACAAGUGGUCCAAGACGGACUGGCGGGACAUUGUGCUGCCGGCCUUUCCCUACUCCCACCACUACACCCAGGGCAUGAGCUACCUGAUACGGGGUCUCGAGCCGGACCAGCAGUACGAAGCACGGGUUCAAUCCAGGAACCGGUACGGUUGGAGUGACUUUUCCGAGAGCUUUCUGUUCACCACGUCAAACACAGAUACUGAGAUACGUGAUCUGAGUGUCACACACUACAGCUCGUCCAGGGCGUCGGUCCUGUUUGCCAGUGAAAUACGAUCGCUGCUAGGCGCCCUGCUGCUGGUCACCGUUUGCCGUUUGGUAAGCUUUUGAAGUUGACCCUUCCGCUAAUUUACGUACAUAGGAAAGAAUGCACCCGUGAGGUUCUUGGUAGCGUUACAGCUAAGUUACAUUAUCAGAGGCACAUUCUGGAUAUGUUGAAUUGUACAUUAUCAGACACACACAAAAAACUUCCGAUCGAGAGUUUUACUAUAAUUUAAUUGUGCCACACGCAUUGGCUCCAUUUUGUAUUCAUAAUGUGUAAAAAAAACAAGCGACUAUUUAUUUUUGUACCCCCAAAAAACGUAUCAAGGCUCAAACCGAACCGAGCGCAACAGCCUGAAAGUAAAACAACGCUGAAGCUCUAGUUAAAGGCAGGUAAAACCAAACCAACAAAAAACAGCAAACCCCGAACGCUGCUUGAAAUUGAUUAAGCUGGAAGGACUAUAUUUUUUGAUGAAAUUUAAUUUACUCUGAUAAAAUAAACAACCACUCAAAUUAAACCUCGUGGCUACCGACCGGGACGAAGAUGGCAAUUUCAGCAAUUACGAGUACUGCGACGACGACGACGAUGAUGAUGCCAAUGAUGAUGCUCGUGCUGAUGAUCAUGGUGACGAUCGCGGUCACAACCUCACACUUGCCCACUGUGUCGCCGUUGCACGCAGGUGGUCAUAAUUUAUUACCAUUAACCUCCACUGGGACACACACACACAGAAACGGAUGGCUUGUGUGCGCGAGACAACAAAGGAAAGCAAAGGAGCAAAUGUGGGGGGAAACUCACCACCACCACCACCACCAUCAAAAACACCCAAAAAAUGAGCGGAUGCGUUUCGGUAUCGAAUGAAAAAUUCAACACACAAAAAGCACUCCAAAAAAUAACAAAACCUCGAGUGAUUCGAGCGACUGUGGCGGGGGAGAAAAUGAAAGCGAAGCAAAUAAGAGGUAGAAAACAAUUCAAGCCAUUUUGCCGCUAUGAAGAAAAGUGUGGAGCAAAAAUUAAAUUAAUUUAAUUGAAAUCACACACCAUUGUGCUGCCGGGUGUGCUGUGCUUCCCCCGGAGGUGAACGAGCUUCGAUGCUUUUAUUUUGAGCCAUCAGAACAUUUCCAACCCGGUGACGCUGUCAGUUGAGAUGUUUUUCAGCAAAAAGCUUAUUUUGCUUGUAGUUUGAACCCUUCUAAAAGUUAAUGCAGCAAUCGAUUAUGGGAAAGCGUAUGGGGGCGGUGAACGUAAUAAAAAUGUCAUCGAUCAUUUGCAACAGCCAUCAAAAAAGCUCGUCAUUACACAGUUAAAUGAGUAACGGUUUGGUAACGCUUCUAUUCAGCGCUGUCAGUGCUGCCAGCGCUGCAUACAUUCCGGCGUUCAAUUAAGAGAAUGAUGCAUUCCAGCCAUUGUUAUGCUUUGACAUAAUUUCUAAGCCUUGACCCGUGGUCGGUCAAUAAUAGGAUCCGUCAACCGAUUGUAAUAGCGUCCUCUCCCCAACCACAUUAUACAUUUAAAAUGCUUUCCCAAACUAGCUUUGACCGACACUCGUGCGGGUGAGCUGAACCCAUUAUAAACUUAUGAAUAUGGAAACGGUUCCCUAUCUGGUCCACGCCGCUAGUUGCCGCUGGCGUAGAACCGCUUCCGAUGGGCCGGGAUGAGUCCGGGCAGCUUCACCCGUAACACCGACAAACAGAAGCAUAUUUAGUGGCGGGCAAUUAAAGGUGUGUAAAAUGCAAUUAUUCCAAUAACAAGCCCGCAUUGAAUGGGUGACACCGCAGGACCGAAACGGGCAUUGCGCCCUAAAACUAUACUCCGCUUAAAUAUGCAUUCCUCUAGCGCUGGACCGCAGCUACACCACACCACACGCCGAUGCGUUGAGCGUGGGGGUAGAUUUUGUAAUUAAAUUUUCAAACGAACCUCAAUACUCCUUUGUUACGAAGCCCCAAGACUCAGCAGAGAGCAGGACGGCGUUGGUAUCCUUCGCGAGGUUUGGGGCUGGCGAACGGAUUCCUCCAGCUGUGUACUGCAAUUGUGGCGCGCUGGCUGGACAUUACUUUUAUCGUGCUGCAUGGAAAUAACCGUCCUCCAAACGAGCGUCCUAUUCAACGGCGGACCGGUCAGUGGCAUAAUUGGGAAAAUGGGAACUUUAUGACGGUGCGGCAUUUGGAGUCGUAAAAACAAAUCGGGAGGAAAAAUUAUUCGGACGAGGGAUUCCUUUUUUACUUCACCCCAUUUUUCUGUGAACUCUAAUGAACUUACAAAGCUGGGUUUAAAGUUGCGACUUACAUGCUAAACUCCACACAGUUUAAAGACUUCAGCAAUCGUUCAUUCGAAGGUGUUGAUUGCACACGAUUGCUGUCAGAAACGUCAUAAUAAGAUUAAAAAUCGUUUUCAAAUUAAAAUAUGACGUCUUUCCGUUGGAGAUGUAUUCCUAUGGCCUCAAUAAAAGUCUUCAGGAAAGAAUCCUGACAGCUUACUCAACACCGGUCAGCAGCUGUUCGUUGCUAUAGCUCCCUAAUGAAAUCCUAGCCAAGCUCAUGCUCUCAUCUGGAAGUCAAACAAAACCAACGCUCGCACACACAUACAUAAACAAAAGCUCAUGCGGCUCGAAAGUUUUGCAACCUUUCUUUACGACCCCAACUUACAAAUGCAUGUUCCGUUCCAACCCGGGGUGUUGGAAAAGUUGCCCGGAAAGUUUUUGCUCCUGCACGUCCCGUCGUCGUUUGAUGAGGUGAAGUUCGGCUCGGUUGAUAGGAACAUGUUCCGCUCUCCAUAUCGGUUCGCAAGCAACAGGCCGAUACCGAACGGUUUUUGCAGCUUAACCAAGACACGACAGCCGACAGCGGAUUGACUUCCGCCGUGCCUGUUCCGGUUGCGGUUUUCUUCACGUUCAGCGCGCUUUAUCUUCGCUCGCAAAACCUUCAGGCUUUCUGACGAGUGGCCCACAUUGAUUAGAGCACAGGAAAAACCUCUGUGCGGAGGGGAAGGGAGGUAUAACGAAAACUUCUUGCAAGCUUCGCCCAAUAUUCCAGAGACCCUCGCUCAUCAGAGCAACAGCUCCCAUGGGUGGUCUUCAUUCCGUUGAAGGCAAGCAAACAAAACAGGACCAAACAUUACGAGAAUUGUGAGCAGAAAAAGCAGGGAGAAUACGAAAACUUCAUCCACUUCUAAUCCGCACCGGGUUUUCAUUUCUGCUCGACCACAAAACAAUGCCUAAGCGUGCGGCUAACGGGGGGUUUCGAGUUGUUUUGCACGAAAAACCACCAACUGAGUGAAAAGCGUCCCGGUGGGCAUCGUCUUGGUUGAAACCAACCUGCAGAAGCUUAUCUGCCCGCCGUAGUAGUGAUAUGAGGCAAACCAUCAUCGGCUGCAGCCAUCAUCGUCGCAAGCGUAGUCGUAAGGAACGCGAAGAAUGCGAAGAAAAAACCCACAAUCGAGCGCAGCAGCAUCGAAGAAAAGCUAAUGUUUCUUUCCGGGGAAACUUUUCAAAGAUGCAGUUUUGCGUUCUACACUUCCGACCGGUACGCCAUUUUCGAGCCAGUUCGGGGGAAAAUUGUUGGUAAAGUAUUUCGUUCGUUUGGUAGGAAUGGAGGAAGAACACAGUAAAGAGUCGGAAAUUGGUAUCGUUUUGUUUUCACGUACGUCUGAGUUUAUCUUGGUUGGUGGCGUUGCUCGCGAGGUGAGUGCACACGCCGUCACACUUAUUGUAAAUAUAUAUACACGUGAAUGUGCUACAGAAUAUGUCCCAUAUUUCGAUCGGAGCAGCAGGCUUGGCCCACAACUUUCUGUGGCCGAAAACAAUGCACAACGGUGCAAAGGAAUGCGAGCCAGCCAGGAAGUCCUAACCAGGCUGUCUAACAAAGGCAAAGAAGCGGGAAGUUUAGCAAGGCAGAUGGGAAAUGGGAAUUGUAGUUGAAGCGAGAGCGGCACGAGACAUAGUUUAAAGAAAAUUAGGAAAAAUGAAUUUGUUGUAAGCAGUGUUUCCCACUCACUCCUCACUCGCCAUCCUCUCCCAUGCAUCCCCCUGUUCUGUACAUUUUUGCCUAGCGCCUUAGAUGUGUAUCCGUCUGUGUUGAUCAUGCUUGACCAUUUCCCGUUGCUAGAGGGAGAGACCCAGAGUAAGUAAUGUUAAUAUUUGUGAAGAUUCUUUAUUUACUCGAGAAUGUGGAUUGAGUUCUAGUGCAGGUGCGUAUAGAUUAAAUAGGUUAAAAAGAGUAUCCUUCCUAUCCUUCGAUGUCCUGUCAAACUUCGAUGCAACGUGAUCGGUGAAUCCUGCUCUAUCCUGAACGCGAGCCCAUAAAAAAAGACAUCCUCCCUUUUACUGCUUCUUGAGCGAAAAAGGGCCGAGCGUAUUAUGUAAAUGUUUAGAUUAAAGAUGCAAACACUCACACACAAACACACAAAAAGAACCCCUAAGACGGAAGACACUGAUACUAGCAAGCGACGCUCGAACUAGAAAGGAGACCGUCGCAUCGCUGCUGCAGAUGUUUCCGUGUAGUAUAAGCCAUCGUACGAGAGUGCCGAUCCGCAUUUCUUAAAUCAGAUACUCCUGAGUGUAUUUAGUGUGUGUAAAGCAGGUGUGGUGCAAUGUUGGUAGCUUAACCAUUGUGUCACCCAUCCUCAUCUCAUCUGCAUCAUCACCAUCACAUAACAACGAGAUUUAUGAAGAAAACAAGACUCAAUCAUCGGGCGCCUAGAUUAGAUUCGUGCAACCGUAAAACCAAAACCCACACACAAAAAAGUCGAUGGAUUGCCUCUCUACUCUCGACAUCUUUCUCUUCGGAAAUCACAGAACACCGCCAGAUAGAGGGAACGAGCGGAGCCAUUUCAUUUUCCCGCUGGGAUGGGGAAUCAUACUAUGUAUGGCACGGUGGCAACAAACAAAACGAGACACACCGUACAGAAAACGAUAUGGUAGCAAGAUAAUAGGGCGCAACUAAACGAACAAACCUAGAGACAGAAGAGAAAAAGAAACACAAAGCAAGAAUCUAUAAGAAGGAAAAUGAUACAAAACUCUUUAUAUGAUGACUUAUACUUUUUAUGAUAACUAUUUAAAAUAAAGCGACAGCAUGUGAAAAGUAAGAGCCACAUUAAAAUAAGACAGAAGGAAACAAAAUUUCACCGAGAAGGAUAAACGGUAAAAAACACACGUAAAACAGAUAAGUAAAGAAUACACAAGUAGCAACAAAAAAGGGAAAAAACUGGUCAACUUCUAGAUGCACUUUUUGUAUAUAUCUACACACACAUACACACACUCACCCAUGCAACACAGGCCAGAAGUAUCCUAAGUACGAGAUGAUCAAAAGCAUAAUGCCACGCAUGGGUGAGGGGGUUGGCAGACACCGAUAUUAGAUGUACCGCUCGUGGAAAUCGUAGAAUUCGGAGAUAUAUUCUGCGUAUAUUUGCAAAAGCUUAUCGAAUGUGUCGAAUAGAUUAUUCAACAACAGCAACACAGGCGGAGAAAAACGUUACACUGAUAACUGCUGAUUCAAUCUGAACCCAACAUCCGUGUGCGAGCAAACCGAUGGCACAGAGAUGUAUUUUGUCUUUGGCCGAGUAAUGGGAAGCUACAUAUGCAAACCAUCGUAAAACAUAGCGACAGAGCUCCGUUUCGAUAUUCGCACACACACGUACACGUACCCAACACAACAAUGCACAGGUGUAGAGGUUAAGACAAACCCCCAAGCAAAGCAAGAACAACCACUGCAAGACAAGCUCAAGCAAGGUAAUGGGAAGGCACAGUGUACUGGUGGUACUGUAUAUGUAAAACAGGACACAGCCACAGAAAAAAACUUUACUCCGUGUAGACCUUCCACUACGGAUGACACACUAUUCAACAAAUCAAAUGCAAAUCAUACCGCAAUGCCAAAACGCGCAUGAGAUAAAAGCAUGAGGAGAGAAAGGAACAAAUAUUAUCCCAGCACAGAACAAAAGAGAUAACUGGGAUUUACUCUGGUGCGCAGAAAAACAAGAAACAUAACAGGAUUGAUGAAACAUUUGUCAAAAAAUGAAUCGUAAACAUAGAGCAAAACAAAAGCCGAACUAAAACCGCACGUGGGCACAAAGACCCGCGAGAAAAGACAGCGAACCCUUAUUGUGUAAAACAGACAGAAAACAAAGAACACACACACAAACCUACACACUUUGUCCAGCAGAUGAAAUAAAGUAAAUUCAAUAAAAACUAAUAAAAACGAA